UGCAUCACUUCCCAAAUGAAAUAGCCGCUGCUGCUGCUCCAUCACGGCAAAAGCAUCUCUUCCCCCCCAUUCAUGAUUCAUCUCCGGAACGAUUUCAGAUUAAGCAGUGAACAUGAAGAAGUCAGCAUUGCCAGUGCAAAAUAUAUGUGGAAUCGAAAAGCAGAAAUGUGGGAAGGAAGCUUUGGUGAAGCUUUUAAGAUGGCAUUUUGGGCAUUCUGAAUUCCGGGGGAAGCAGUUGGAAGCUAUUGAAGCAGUUCUAUCAGGAAGAGACUGUUUUUGUCUCAUGCCAACUGGUGGAGGGAAGUCAAUGUGUUAUCAGAUCCCUGCACUGGCAAAAACAGGGAUUGUGCUUGUUGUUUGUCCUUUAAUAGCCUUGAUGGAAAAUCAAGUGAUGGCAUUGAAGGCAAAAGGGAUUGCUGCUGAGUAUUUGUCCUCAACCCAGACUUCACAAGUUAGAAAUAAGAUCCAUGAAGACCUUGAAUCCGGAAAGCCAUCCUUAAGGUUGCUUUAUGUGACACCGGAAUUGAUUGCGACACCAGGAUUUAUGUCGAAGCUAACAAAGAUUCAUGCUAGAGGGUUGUUGAUUCUGAUUGCGAUAGAUGAGGCACAUUGCAUCUCAACAUGGGGCCAUGACUUCAGGCCUAGUUACCGGAAGCUUUCUUCCUUGAGGAACCGUCUACCAAACAUACCAAUAUUGGCUUUGACUGCUACUGCUGUCCCUAAAGUACAGACGGAUGUGAUAGAAUCCUUGUGCUUGCAUGACCCCUUAGUCCUGAAAUCAUCAUUUAAUCGUCCAAAUAUAUAUUAUGAAGUGCGAUAUAAGGAUCUUUUGGAUGACCCAUAUGCCGAUUUAGCUAAUCUACUUAAAUCUUGUGGAGAUGUCUGUGCAAUUGUUUACUGCCUUGAACGUACAACUUGUGAUGAUGUGGCUGGACAUCUAUCGAAGAAUGGCAUUUCCUGUGCUGCAUAUCAUGCAGGGUUGAACAAUAAACUGCGGAGUUCUGUUUUGGAUGAUUGGAUUUCUUCUAAGAAACAAGUAGUUGUUGCCACAGUUGCUUUCGGGAUGGGUAUAGAUCGAAAGGAUGUCAGGAUUGUUUGUCAUUUUAAUAUUCCUAAGUCAAUGGAAGCCUUCUAUCAAGAGUCAGGUAGAGCUGGUCGUGAUCAAUUGCCUUCUAGAAGUCUGUUGUACUGUGGAAUGGAUGACUGCAAAAAAAUGCAAUUUAUUCUGGGUGCUUCUAAGAGCAAGAAGGAGCAGUCGUCAAGCUCACAGGAUGGGUCCUCAAAGAAAUCCCUUGCUGACUUCAAUCAGAUGGUUGAAUACUGUCAAGAGUCUGGUUGCCGUAGGAAAAAAAUUCUUGGGAGUUUUGGGGAACAGGUACCUGCAUCACUCUGUAAAAAAUCAUGUGAUGCAUGCAAACAUCCAAAUUUAGUUGCCAAGUAUUUGGAGGAGCUCAGAACUACUUGUGCCUUUCGCCACAAAAAUCAAUCCUCUCGAAUAUAUAUAAGCAGCUCCUCAAAUAUGAAUAAUGAAGAACAACUAUCAGAAUUUUGGAACCGUGAUGAAGCAAGUGGCUCUGAGGAAGAUAUAUCUGAUUCUGAUGAUGCCAUUGAUGUUGUGAGGAGCCUAGUUCGGUCAAGCUUACCAUCAAAGCCGAGACUAAAUGAGAAGAUUGAGUUGUUGCAGCGUGAAGAAGAGAAUUAUUAUUGGAAUAAAAUUCCUGAGAAACAGAAUAACAAACUCGACAAGAAUGCCAUAUCCGAAACGCUGAGAGAGACAAGCAAGCAAAGAUUAUCAAAUGCUCUUAAGCAAACCCAGCAGCGGCUCAGCAACUUACCGAUUGACUUGGAAACAUCAGUCUCCUUCCUUGAAAACGAGUGCUACAAGAAAUAUGGUAAGACUGGGAAAUCAUUCUAUUGUUCGCAAGUAGCAAGUACGGUGAGGUGGCUUUCAACCACAAAUUCCACAGAAUUAAUAAAUAGGCUCCGCUCUAGUACCAGUUCUAUUGCUGAAAACACUAGUGUUGAUGAAAAUUCCUCGUCAACAUCAUUGGCUUUGUUGGAUCAGUCUCUAAUAGAAACUAGUAACGAAAAAAUCCAUGGCAGUGUUAGAUCAGAAACUUCUUCAAUUGCAUUGCAAAGCAAUUCCCACGAUAUUAGUCUACCACCAAUCCCGUCUUUUUCAGAGUUUGUUAACAGCAGAAAAGCUCAGGACAAGCAAUUAUUGAUGUCAGAAAAGAAGUCGCUGAAUGGAGUUCACAAGAAUCUCGUGAAGAAGAUGAGACUGCAGUAGGUUAAAAUUGGUCCCUGUUUUUGUUGGAUGUGGUUGGUUCAAUUUGAUGUGUACACAGCUGAAUUUAUAACAAAGUUCUUAAUUUACUUAUGCUCUCAUAAAUAUCCCCUUGUAGCGGUUUUUGUCUUAUAGUGCUAACUUCUUCAUUAGUAACA